AGGUGAGGUGCCGCCUUGACUCAUAUGGAGUCCUAUAUAAAGUGUGUAAUCCAGGUUUGUAGAUUGAUCAGAAGAGGUAGAGUUGUCCAGCAAGCACGAUGGUUACGUUAACUCUUCUGGUUGUGUUCCUUGGGUGUUGUCUACAUGAACUGGAUGCUUGGCGGUGGGAUGUGAUAGCCAAGGACAGGGCUGGCUUCACAUUCGAGGAGAAAGUUGAUCUGUUAAGGACUCACAAUAAAUAUAGGCGGGAAGCGGGCGCUUCCAAUAUGAACCAGCUGCUAUGGCACUCUGGACUAGAAAGUUUGGCUCUGAACUGGACGGAGAAAUGUCAGUGGCAGCACAACUGGAGGCGGCACCGAAUCCCCGGCUUUGACUACAGAUAUGUCGGCGAAAACAUGUAUCUAACUCUCACCUGGUUCUACACGACUAGAGCGCUGGAUCAGUGGCAUAACGAGAAGAAGUUCCUCACGCCUCAGCUGUCAUGUAGGUCCAGGAGACAAUGUGGUCACUAUGUCCAGAUGGUGUGGUUCAACACAGAAACCGUGGGAUGUGCUGUGCGAUACUGCGACUCUGUGAAGUACUCUAGGUAUAUUCGGGAUGGCUUCUUCAUGGUUUGUGAUUACGGUCCUCUGGGAAACACCCGUGGAGUUCCUCUGUUUAAUAAGGGCGAACCGUGUUCACAGUGCCCCCCUGGUAGGGUCUGUGUCGACAAGCUAUGCGCCCUUCCGAACUGCAAUAACAUCUCCUGUCAAAAUGGCGGCCAGCUGAUCCAAGACGUCUGCAUGUGCAACUGUACCAACACCGGAUACGGAGGUGAAACAUGCCAGACAAGACUAUUCGGUUAAUGAGCAACAUAGAACCCAGAGUGAUCACACGCAUGAAGAAACUGAUGUGAACAAUUAUCAAUGAUCAUAUAUGAUCAUAAUCUAUCAUUCCUUCUCUUUUUAGUCAAUAUCAUUCUGAAUUCCUUCAACAUUUACAUUUUUCUUGCUUGGAUUCUACAAUGACUUAAGAGCAUUAUUUUUCUCUCUGAGGUAUCAAUUCACAAUAAGUUACUUCUAAUUCUAGAAAACAGCAUCCCUGCAAAACGGCGUUUCCUUAAAAGAACGUUUUGCUUUCCAGUCACGACGGACAGACAACCUACGCUAUUGCUGGCAGCAAAUGUAGGUUUCAAAAGAGCGAGUUGUCAUUUUAGACUAAUUAAAUAUUGCUGAGUAAUACAUUUUAAAAAGAAACGGUCGUCAAAAGUGACGUCAUUGCAAAUUAAAAUAGAUCUCAGGAUCAAAAACUAUACCCAUUCAACCUUACGCUAGAUUGAAUGUGUACUCGUUUAUUACACUAUUUAUUUGCCAAUCCAUAUUGGAUCCUUCCAUUCUUCUGUCAACAUAUUCUUUGUGUUUGUAUCAGUGUCGUUGGCCAUUUUGGCGUUUUUGUUUUCAGUUGUUACCAGCUCCGCUUCACUUAAUUUAUGUCACCCUCUCAUUGUGUCUGUGUUGUAAUGUGCAUUUACCUUGAAUGUUUCUUGUCUAACAAAUAAAUAGUUUCGAUAAAAAUCCAUACUUUGAGUCUGAAAGUUUAAUUUGCUCAAAUGUUGAUCUUUACUUUCCAAUGUAGAGCUGUUGAAUUCUAUAUUCUUUUAAUGUGACGUUUUGCUUAUUUUGUCAAGCAGUCACACAGUACUAGCAUCUGUGCAGAAACACCACAUUGAAAGAAUAAAGAAAUACAAAGCUCAAUCCUGUCUUCAUGAGAAUGUAAAGAUCAACAUCCACAGGUGACUGUGCCUUUCUCAAGCAGUCACACAUCACUAUUACCUGCGUCGAAACGUUGCAUUGGAAGAAUAAAGGCAUUAAAAUUCA